AUGAUGCGGCGGCGUUCACACUUCCAGACCGGUCGUAAGCCUCUAGGUCAUCAUGGUCUCAAACUGGAUGAGACGCAUGUCACGGGCCCAGUUUCCUUCCUAAAUCCCACUUCGGCACGCUACGAACCAACUCAACUCCCAGAAGACACCCAUGCUCCCCCGCAAAUAGAGCGUCUAUGGCGAUCGCGCGACAACAGGAAGGGCCGACAUGCUAUUCGCAUCGACACAGAGGCCUUACCCCUCGAAACGGGAUUGAAAGCACCACCACUGACGCGAUCUGUUCCAGCAGUGGCCAAGAUCUUUCUCCGGAUGGUGACCUACGUCCCUUAUUGGGAUGUAUCAUAUCUAGUCGCCAUGAGCUUCACUAUCGGGUCCGCAAUCUUCAUCAUCAAUGGGUUCUUCGUGUGGUUACCACUUGUGGACAAGAAGACCGAGUUUCAGGGUGAAAUAUCCGUUGCCGGCGGUUGGACAGGGUUCGUCGGCGCGACUAUUUUUGAAAUCGGGGGUGUAUUGCUGCUUCUCGAAGCUUUCAAUACCAAUCAUACUGGAUGUUUUGGCUGGGCGCUUGAGACCGUCCUCGAAAAGACCAUCGAGGAUGGGAUUCCUCGGCAUGCAGUGAAUGAGCUCAGGCCGACGGCCUCAAAUUGUGAGCAUCAUCAUGCGAAUCGGAAAUCGUUUCUCGGGGAAAAGCACUAUCAUGCUAGUGACAGUGCCCACUCUCAGCGGGAUAGCACUGGUUAUGUUACUUCGUCGACAGAUGGCAGGUCAUUCCGAUGGAUUCCGUCGAUGUCGGAAUUGCGCACGCAUUAUUUUCAUGAAAUUGGCUUUUUAGCUUCUUUUAUUUUAUUCGUGAGCGCGACGAUAUUCUGGAUUGGUGCAAUUGUCGGCAUCCCUGGUAUCUUAAACCACAUGAGUAAGGGACUCAUUGAUGGCCUCUACUGGGGUACUACUACUCUUGGUGGGGUGGGAUUCACUCUGAGUUCUCUGAUGUACAUGCUUGAAACGCAGUCAAAAUGGUACCUUCCUGCUUGGCAUGUUCUGGGCUGGCACAUUGGGCUCUGGAAUCUUAUUGGCAGUGUUGGUUUUACUCUGUGUGGUGCGCUGGGACCGGCGAGUAGCAACUCUGGCGUGAAUUAUCAAUCGUCACUCGCUACAUUUUGGGGCUCGAUAGCCUUCAUGAUAGGAUCUAUGAUCCAGUGGUAUGAGAGUUUGCAGAAGCAUCCUGUUGAGAAGAAGUGA